AACAAGUUUCAGGAUAAACACAAACUCUUAAAUAUCUAACCUUUUCUAGAGACUUCGUGAUGUCGUCAACCGGAGGUGAUAAGGCGGACGUUGUCGUCGAGAAACCGGCGGCGGAGCAGGCCGUCGUGAAGGCUAAAACCCCGAAGGAGAAGAAGGCAAAAACUGCUAAAACCGCUUCUCAUCCUCCUUAUUUCCAGAUGAUCAAAGAGGCUCUGUUGGCUCUGAAAGAGAAGGGUGGAUCUAGCCCCCACGCAAUCGCAAAAUACAUGGAAGAUAAGCACAAAGCAGUGCUACCGGAGAAUUUCAAGAAGAUGUUAACACUCCAGUUGAAGAAUUCCGCUUCCAAAGGAAAGUUAACCAAAGUCAAGGCUUCAUACAAGCUGUCUGAAUCCGGCAAGAAAGAAAAGGCACUGGCGGCCGCCGGUGGCAAGAAGCCCACUGCUGCAUCCAAAAAACCCAAGCAAACAAAGUCGAAAAAGCCUGCCGCCCCUGUAGCAAAAGCCACCGCCGCCACCACCACCACCGCUGCGCGACCAAAGAAGGCGACAAAAGCAACAAAAAAGGCUGCGGCGAAGAAACAAACCCCAGUGAAGAAGGCGAAGAAGAUGACACCGGCAAAGGCGAAACAGCCAAAGUCUAUAAAGUCCCCUGCUGCGAAGAAGGCUAGGAAAGCAGCUGUUUGAUUUUGUGUUCGAAUUUGGAGUUUAUGUUUAUAAAAAGUAGAAGUGGUAGUAGUAGUAUAUGUAUAUUUAAGUGUUUUAAGCGUUUUAUGUUUGUGUUUAUGUACGAAGUUCUAUCUAACCUUCAAUGGCGGUU